AUGCCUCGGCAAGAUCCCAUCUUCGAAGCCCGUGCCAAAGUGCAAUGGCACAUGAACCGGCUCAAAAAAGAAGCCAUCCGCGCCGGCAAGACCUCCGAAGCCGAAGAAAAGAAAGCCGACCGAGCGAUCGAGAACCGCGAAUUCGACAUCGCGCGCAUCCACGCCGGCUCCGCCGUCCGCGAAAAGAAACGCCAAAUCAAACUGAAAUACGAAGCCGCGCACGCCGAAGUGAUCAUCAACGAGCUCAAAGCCGUCCAAUCCACCCGCGACACGGCCUACACCCUCGCGGUCGCGAGUAAGGGCCUAGAAGCAGCGUCGAGGAGUGUGAAUUUGGAGAACCUCCUGUCCCAUGCGAAUAACUUCUUGGCGCGGUCGGAGGAUUUCAAGAUUGCGAGUAAUGCCAUCGAGGAGGUGGCGCAGGGGGUGUCGAUGCAGGAGAACGGUCCCGAGGGCCAGGAGGAGGUGGAUCGGUUGAUGCAGAAGUUGGCUGAUAAGGCUGGUGUGGAUUUGAGGAUGACGCUCGAGCAGGAUUCGGCGCCUAAGGAGGAGGUGAGGGAGAGGGCGGCGGCGGAGCCGGUGCAUGCGGAUGCGGAUGUGGAGGAUGCGUUGGGUGCGAGGUUGAGGGCGUUGAGGGCUGGUUCUUAG